ACAGUGAGGAAAGAGGAGACAGAGAAAAGGAGGCAGCAGAGGAAGAAGAGGGUAAAGCGCACAGAGAGUGGACGCGUGGAGAGAUGCCCGCUGGACGGAUGGAUUUUAUUUUCCCCGAGCUGCACGAGCCUCUGUAAGACAACAUGGGCUGCAUAGGAUCCCGGACGAUCACAGUGGAUGCGGUGCCGGUACGGAAAGAUGGGGAUCAGGUGUGUCUCGCUCCAUGAAGGACAAAGUUACCAAGCCCACUGCCAUGGCCCAGGGUCGAGUAGCCCACAUGAUUGAGUGGCAGAGCUGGGGCCAAACAUCUGCAGGGCCUAUGGGGGCAGUGGGACAUAUUAACCUGCAGAGGGAAAAAGAGAGGAGGCUGGAGAACGACGCCUACAGCGACCUCAGUGAUGGGGAGAAGGAGGCGCGCUUUGCUGCAGGCAUCAUGCAGCAGUUCGCAAUCUCUGAGGCCACUCUGUUUGGCUGGAACUCGAUGGACGGGGAGAGUAUGGGCGCUGGCUCCAACCAGGGCAGCGUUGCUCACCUCAGUGAGGUCAACCAGGAGAGCAUCACUAGCAGAGACCAGGUGCUCCACCACUCCUCUGCAGAUGUCUGGCCUCACACCUAUGUCUCACAAGGCCUGUACUGCCUGUCGUCCUCAGACGCCUGGGACCCGAUCACCAGCCAGCCCUCGGGCGUGGCCUCACCUGGUGGGGGCUCCUACAUCAUGGCCACUGGUGGUAGCAGCGGAGCAGGGGGGACACCUGGAGAAGGGUACGAGGGGACAGUAGGCAGUUUCAUCCAACAGCAACAGACUCAUCUCGUCCUACAUCAGCACACCCAGCUGCAACAGCUCCAGCAGAUCCACCACUACCAGCAGCAACAGCUUCUGCAGUACCAACAACAGCAGUCCUUGGAUCCCAGGCCACACAGUGCCUCCCAUUCCCUCCAAGCCACUCCCAACAGCACCAUCCACAGUCUGGGUCCUCCCACCCACCCUCGUUUAGCUGACCUGUGGGGAGCAGCGCAGGUCGAGGCUCAUCAUGUUGACAUCAUCGGGCAGCUGGGCGGACAGAUGGCUGACAUGGUCGGAGGAGUGGUGGAGACGGUUGGAGAGGAGCCAGAGCCCGACUCUGAAGGAAUACCAGAGCAGCAUGAAGACGAUGAGGAGGAGCUGACAAAGGUAGAGGAGGUUACAUUAACCUUGGAGCCACAGCCAUCCUCCUUGACCCCAUCCCCUUUGAGGGAGUACGCCUUCUCUACAAGAGGCUCAAGUCCUGGGCUGCCAGCACAGACAACGGUUAAAGAGAGGAUACCGUUUGAAGUCACGCCCUGCGUCGUCCAAUUGCUGGAUGAGAAAGACGAGGAGGCUGAGUCUAUUGUUGUCGUUGCGACCAACUAAAUCCUAGGACCAGAUAAACCUGGAGAGAAGAGCAAAUAAAUACUUCAAUAAUCAAUCAAGCUAUUCUAUCCCAAACCCCAACACCCCCCCAACUAUUUACACACUUCAUGUCAGAGGAAAUAUGAGAAGACAUUUUCGGAUGUUGGAUGUCAUGUAAAAACUAAAUGCCAAGAAGACAUGAGGCCUAACGUGUGACAAUGAACACAUGACAUUAAAGACAGGAGAGACUUUAACUGAACGACUGCUGAAGAUUACAUGGAUUCACAAAUGGUCUGGACCAGUAGGAACAAAGACCCAGGACUAAAAGCCUGACAUUCAGUAAACGGAUGAAAAGGAGAGGAGACAUAGGGCCUAUUUAAAUAUUCAGUGCAAUACAACAAACAUGGAUCAAUGAGACUGGGGUAACAGUAUUUGCAAAUUAUUGUAAGUGGUUGGUUCAGGCUGCCCGGGCACCAGAACUACGUUUAUCUCACAUCUAAUCAACCCUGCAGGACCUGCUCACAGCACGUCGUUUGCUUUGCUGAUUGGUGCGUUUUGAUUCGACCGGCAGCGUGUCUGAGUCUGAGGGAGUCCGAGUGAAGGUGCCAAACGUACUUGUAGUCAUUUGCAAACACAUGAUCUGGACACAACCAAAAGAAAGUGCAUGCUUUUUAACAGUGACCUAGCCCUUACAGUAUAACACAGUAUACAAAGUAAUAAUAUAUCAAAUUGCUUUUUAUAAAAACAAGAAAAUCCAAUAAACUGAUGUGUAUUAGUAUGAAUGUAAGACUGUAUGUAUGUAUGAAUG